AUGAAAUUGAACCAUCCUCCAUGCAUAAUUUGUGCUAACCUUCAUUCUCAUGUGCUUGACUCUGUAAUGGAUCAAGUCAUCAAAAAGCCGAAAUUGGUCCUUCAGAUAGUCGCCGUGGAAAUCCUCUCCGGUCUCUGUUUUGUGCCAGAAGACGGUCACUGUAAAGUACUCAAAGCCCUCACACAGGUGUCGUCAGUGUUCGGCGAAAGGACCCGCUUCCAGACUCUCGUCAGCGAACUGCACAGAAGUCAAUCAUCAGAAAAGGAAACUGAUCGAACUCGGAUAGCUAUUCUCGGUCUGAUCAACGCUUUGCUUCGGACCGGGCAUGCAGAGUCCUCGCUCGAGUUCAGAGUGCAUCUACGUUGCGAGUUCCUCAUGCUCGGCAUGGCUCGGGCGGCCACUCUGAUACGCCCGCAGGCUUCGAACCGGCUCCAGGAUCAUCUGGAUCUUUUCGAGAUGAUGCGGAAGGAGGAUGAAAUCGUUCUUUCUGGAGGUAACUCUGAGGAUUCGGGUGCUUCAUCGCCAGUGAACUUUGAGAGUGCCAGCGAUAUUGCCGAAGCACUUCAUUCGAAACUGAGGAGUUCACCGGCUCUUCCACACUUCAUGUCCCUUCUGCAGCACUUGUUCAUGGUAACUACUUUUUCUCCCAUUAAAAUGCAGAACAGGGGAAUAGUGGCGUAG